UCAAAGAAUUGUACGGUAUGGUGCGUAGCAGUUCCCAUGAAUACGACGUAGUACAAAAAAAUAAGUAUUACAGUAUUUUAGAAUACUCCUGUAUUGAUCACCAAACAUCCUCAUUCUGUCCAUCUUGCAUAUUUGGAAGCCCGAAACCGAAAAUGGUCCGGCAUAAGAACAGGUGGCUUCUGGUAAAGAUCGAGCUUGCCGACGACAUACGAAACAACAAGAAGGAACCACCGAUAGGAUUACCGUCGGCCUUGUUUCCCUCAAAGAAAGAAUUUACGACACGGCUGCGCCGUACCAUUGCAUGGUGCUUCGGAAUUGCAGGGGAAGGACCCGCAUGCAACACGCAGAUACGAUUCUGUGACGCGGAAACCCAGCUKGCAUUGAUUCGCGUGUCCCGCGAAKAUUGUGACAUGGUUCGGUCUUCCCUGACGCUCUUGCUAACCAGGAAACAACUGCUUUCUCUCGGAGAAAAGRCAGAAGGGCAACCCUGGACGUCUUCCGAUUACUACRCCUCUGUGGUUUCCGYCCAYGGGUCGGCUAGGACUGCUAAAAUCGCAACCUUUCGAAAACUUCGAGAGUUGUACCGACUAAAGCUGCAAAAGAAUCGCUCCAUGUUUUCGACGGACGAGGGCUUCGAAACCAAAAUAUGUCGCGGUCUCCAGGAGCGAUUGACCUUGAUUCAGAACAAUGUGAGCUGAAGAAUUGAGACGAUUGCAUUCAWAUAAAAACAUUGAUGAMGGUUUUAAAAUCAAAAGUCCGGUGUGRCUCAAGAACGAUCAUCUGCGGUUGACUUGCGCCAAGUGCAAUAUUCGGUACUGCAUGCUGCUGAAACCCACACGAACUCCCUCAUUGAUCGAGGAGACAAGACGUUUAUCUCGCAAGGUAUCAUACAGCAGCAAUCUAUGCUUUUUCUAACAUACCAAAUGGUUUGAUUCUAAGAAGCACUAGAACUAAUUUCGGAGUUCAAAAAAUAAUCAGAAAGUCAAACCAAACCAAAUCAAACACACAAACAAGCAAAUCAAAUUAUCAUGCCAAAAAAUCGAAUCAGCGGCAUAUUGAUUGAAGGAGGUGACUGAUACUUGCAACUACCGGUAGUAGGUGUUGAAUUGUGGUACUUUGAUGGCUGUACUAGUGACAGAAAAAUAUGAUUCAGGAUACUUACUAUUCUCAUUCACUCUCCUUAAAAACAACUGCA